UGCAGAGAGACAGAACACAACACAGAGGCAAAGAGAGAGAAGGAGAAAGAGAAAGAGAAAGAGAGACGGGUCUAACUUCCAACGAGUGUUCGUAUUCUCCUUUUCAGUCCACUACGCUUCCUUCUUCCCUUUCCCUCUUCUCCGUUACCCCUUUCCCCGUUCACAUUCUAAUCACAUUUUCUCACCCCGCUUUACCAAAAAAAGAGAAAGAAAGAAGAAACAAGAUAAAGCUUUUCAUUGGAUCACGUCACCCACCUUUGCUUUUGCUCUCUUCUGCCUCUGAAUUGAGCAUUUCCGAGUUCUAUUGGCCUCUGAUCGAAUUGGGUAUUUGCAAGAUCUGCGGCUUCAAUUGUUCGGGGCAAAAAGUUUUGAUCUUGGUGGUGGACCAACCCAAUUACCGGUUUGGAUCCGAUCGGGGUAGAAACAGCGCCAUCAGAUGGCGCUGUUCAGAAGGUUCUUCUACCGGAAGCCGCCGGAUCGGCUUCUGGAGAUUUCCGAGAGAGUUUAUGUUUUUGAUUGUUGCUUCUCCCCGGAUGUCUUGGAAGAAGAAGAAUAUAGAGUUUAUAUGGGGGGGAUUGUGGCUCAGCUACAGGAUCACUUUCCAGAUGCUUCUUUCAUGGUAUUCAACUUUAGAGAAGGGGAGAGACGCAGCCAAAUCUCAGACAUAUUUUCUCAGUAUGACAUGACAGUUAUGGAGUACCCUCGGCAGUAUGAGGGUUGUCCUGUUCUGCCGUUAGAGAUGAUCCAUCACUUCCUUCGAUCAAGUGAAAGCUGGUUGUCUCUGGAGGGGCAACAAAAUGUGCUUUUGAUGCAUUGUGAAAGGGGAGGUUGGCCCGUGCUGGCAUUUAUGCUAGCAGGUCUUCUGUUAUACCGGAAACAGUACAGUGGGGAGCAGAAGACUCUUGAAAUGGUCUACAAGCAAGCUCCAAGGGAACUACUACACAUAUUGUCUCCUUUGAAUCCACAGCCUUCGCAUUUAAGAUAUCUUCAGUAUAUUUCCAGGAGAAGUUUGGGAGCUGAGUGGCCACCAUCGGAAACACCCUUAUACUUGGAUUGUCUGAUUCUUAGAGUCCUUCCAAUAUUUGACGAUGGAAAAGGUUGCAGGCCCGUUGUACGUGUUUAUGGUCAAGACCCUUCAAUUACUGCCACUAGAAGUUCAAAGCUUCUUUUUUCAACUUCACAAUCCAAAAAACAUGUUCGCCACUACCUACAGGCAGAGUGUAUGCUCGUGAAAAUUGACUUGCGUUGUCGUGUUCAAGGGGAUGUGGUUCUUGAGUGCAUACAUUUAAGUGAUGAUUUUGUUCAUGAGGAAUUGAUGUUUAGAGUUAUGUUUCAUACUGCAUUUGUGCGGUCAAAUAUUUUGAUGCUGAGCCGUGAUGAAAUUGAUAUUUUGUGGGAGGCGAAGGACCUAUUUCCCAAGGACUUCAAAGCAGAGGUGCUUUUUUUGGACGCUGAUGCUGUUAUACCUGAUCUAACCACAGUCACGGUGAGUGAAGAUGCAAAUGAGAUUGAGAGUGCUGAGACAGAAAGUGCUUCACCUGAUGAGUUCUAUGAAGUAGAAGAAAUCUUCAGCAGUGUAAUUGAUGCACAAGAAGGUAAGACAGAGUAUGAUUCUCAGGCUUUCCAUGAAAAUGCUGUGAAUGAUGAAACUCAUAAGGGGGUCUGGAGGCAGAAGUCUGAUCCUCAUAGUUUUGAGGAUUGUCCACCAGAUGACAAGAUCGCCAAGCAGGUUUACAAGAUGGAUCCUGGUAUUAAUACUGUGAAAGACAUCUCUAUUGAUGAUGCUCACUAUAAAUUUGAUGGGAGCAUAGAUUCAGAUCCUCAUGCAGUGAAGGACAUUGCUGUCGAUGAUGGAGAAAUUAAGUCAACUUCCAUUGCAGUUAUUUCUGAUAUGAUGAAACCUCCUCUGGAAACAAAGGAAGUUACCAUGCAUGUGCAGCAGGAAUUUGCAGUCAUUGAAAAUGAAUAUGAUGAAGAUAAGGAGGUAACAGAAAAGGAGCUAGACUCCAAGGCUGGGAACCAGAUGCCUGAUUUGACUGAACAAAAAUCUGGUAAAGUACUUCCAUCUACUGCCAAGAAACAACCUCCAUCCAACUCGAAGCCAGUUGGAGAUACAGUUGCAGCAAAGCAAAAGAUUAAACAGCAAGAAACCCAUGGUUUUCAGGCAAAACAAGCUAAGCCAAAUGCCGUAACUAGAUGGAUUCCUUCUAACAAGGGUUCUUAUACAAAUUCAAUGCACGUCUAUUAUCCGCCAUCAAGGAAUAACAGUGCACCAGCUGCACUGACAAAUUUGUCUUCCACAAAAGAGAAAAUUGAAGAUUCCAAAACAAGAUCUUUAUCUGCUCCUGUUGUUUCUGCAGUUGUUGCUUUUAUUGACAAAACAAAUGACUUAAAAAGCCGGAAGGUGGUCACUUCAAAAUCUUCUGGCUAUAUAGCAACAGAAAUAGAUGAAAAAGGUCUACCAUCACCAUUGUCAUCAAUUAAAGAGACAUCUUUUCAGUCAGAUACUCCAGCGCAAGAACAGAGCUCAGAACAACUGCUACAGCCUCCCCCACCACCUCCCCCUCCCCCUCCUGCUCACAGUAGAGUCUCUUCUCUAGUUUUUGAAUCCUCAUCAUUAAAGGAUGAUGUAUCAGCUCAAGGCUCUCCAUCUUCUUUGGGUGGAGAAGGGUCCCUCAUGCCACCACCACCACCUCCUCCACCUCCUCCACCGCCAUCAUUUCAACCUUCAACUUUAACAACAUUUAUGAGACCACCUGAAACUUCUCUUCCUUUCCCUCCACCCCCACCACCACCCCCGCCCCCUUUUUUUGGGCAAAAUGUAGGGAGCUUAGUACCUUUUCCAUCCCCUAGGAAAUCUGUGGCUUCAUCAAUGGUUGGAGAGACUAGUGUAUCUUUAACACUUUCUACAACCCCUCUUCCAUUUACAAGCACUGUCGUUACACUGGAUGUUUCUCAAGUGGGUACUGCAGUGAUCCCUUCACAGCCUCCUCCACCGCCACCACCUCCAAGGUAUGAAGUUUCAUCUGUUCCUCCUUUGACACCACUAGCAUCACCUCUUCCAAAGAAUAAAAUUCCAUCAGUUCCCCCUCCUCCCAUGUUUCCUACAGCUUCAACAAAUAGGGCUCCACCCCCUCCUCCCCCAACACCCCCAUUUGCAUCACAUAAAGGUUCACCUCCACCAGCAACCCCACCUCCAACUCAACCCCUGUCUCCGCCUCCCCCUCCCCCUCCGCCUCCUCCUCCCCCUCCCCUAGCCAAUUCACAUAUAUAUUCAGCUACACCACCUAUAGCUAAUUCACAUGUAUAUUCAACUACACUACCUAUACCUCCGCCACCACCUCCUCCUCCUUUUGGUAAAGCUUCAUUACCUCCCUCUCCACCUCCUUUCAAUAGUCCUCUUCCACCACCACCACCGCCACCACCACCACCUCCACCCACACCUCCUUCCCCACCUCUUCCUCUAUCAAGUGUGGCCUCUCCUCCACCUCCUCCAAUGUAUAAAGCCGCACCUCCCACACCACCACCUCUUCCUCCAUCAAAUGGAGCCCCACCUCCACCUCCACCACCACCUCUUCCUCCAUCAAGUGGAGCCCCACCACCCCCUCCACCUCCAAUGUACGGAGUACCACCUCCACCACCACCUCCAUCAAUGUAUGGAACACCACCUCCUCCUCUAGGCGGUCAAGGACCACCUCCUCCUCCAGGCGGUCGAGGACCACCUCCUCCACCUCCUCCUCCAAUGUAUGGAACACCACCUCCUCCACCCCCUCCAUCGUAUGGAGCACCACCUCCACCACCACCUCCUGGUGGUCGAGGACCACCACCUCCUCCUCCCCCAAUGUUUGGAGCACCACCUCCACCUCCUGGUGGUAGAGGACCACCUCCUCCUCCUCCCCCAAUGUUUGGAGCACCACCUCCACCUCCUGGUGGUAGAGGACCACCUCCUCCACCUCCUCCUGGUGGUCGAGGUCCUCCUCCUCCACCUCCCCCAGGUGUUCCUGGUGCUCCUACACCUCCUGGGGGUGGACCUCCGCCACCUCCGCCCUUUGGUGCAAAAGGUGCAAAUGUUGGAGUUGAUCCAAGAGGGAGAGGACGUGGGUAUGCGCGCCCUACAGGGGCUGCACCCCGUAAAUCCUCUUUAAAGCCUUUACAUUGGAGCAAGGUUACAAGGGCACUACAAGGAAGUUUAUGGGAAGAAUUACAAAGACAUGGAGAACCACAAAUUGCACCAGAGUUCGAUUUUUCAGAGCUAGAGAAGCUUUUCUCCUUAAAUGUUCCAAAACCUGCUGAUGCUGGUGGAAAAUCUGGAGGGAAGGGCAAGUCUGCUGGAUCUAAAACUGACAGAGUCACCUUGGUUGAUCUAAGGAGGGCUAAUAAUACUGAAAUUAUGCUCACUAAGGUUAAGAUGCCACUUCCCGAUAUGAUGGCUGCAGUACUGGCUUUGGACGAGUCAGUAUUAGAUGUUGAUCAAGUGGAAAAUCUUAUUAAGUUUUGUCCUACAAAAGAGGAGAUGGAUCUUAUAAAGGCAUACACCGGUGACAAGGAACUUUUGGGGAAGUGUGAACAGUUUUUUAUAGAGUUGAUGAAGGUGCCAAGGGUGGAGUCAAAAUUAAGAGUAUUUGCGUUCAAGAUUCAGUUUGGCGCCCAGCUUACGGAGUUUAAGAAGAGUUUAAACACUGUUAACUCUGCCUGUGAAGAGGUCCGACAUUCUGCUAAACUGAAGGAGAUAAUGAAGAAAAUACUUUAUUUGGGUAAUACAUUGAAUCAAGGAACAGCAAGGGGAUCUGCAGUUGGAUUCAAGUUAGAUAGCCUUUUAAAGCUCACUGACACUCGUGCUUCUAACAGUAGAAUGACACUCAUGCAUUAUCUCUGCAAGGUCAUAGCUGAAAAGUCACCCAAACUCCUUGAUUUCCACCUAGACCUUGUUAGCCUGGAAGAUUCCACUAAGAUACAAUUGAAGUCAUUAGCAGAAGAGAUGCAGGCAAUCAUCAAGGGACUAGAAAAAGUUAAACAAGAAUUUGCUGCAUCUGCGAAUGAUGGACCUGUUUCUGCAGUUUUCCAUGAGAAAUUGAAAGAAUUUAUUGGUGUAUCUGAGUCAGAGGUGGCAUCUCUAACAAACCUAUAUUCUGUAGUGGGUAGAAAUGCUGAUGCACUUGCCCUAUAUUUUGGUGAGGAUCCUGCUCGUUGCCCUUUUGAGCAAGUUACUACAACCCUGCUAAAUUUUAUAAGGUUGUUUCGGAAAGCACAUGAAGAAAAUUGCAAACAAGCAGAGUUAGAGAAGAAGAAAGCUGAGAAGGAGGCUGAAAUGGAAAAGGCUAAGGGCGUUAACUUGACAAAAAAGGGUGCAAAAGAUAGUUGACGACUGGAUUUUCUGCUCCUUUGCAUCAAACAUCACACUCUUGCCAAAGAGCAGGAAUGUACCCGAGCAAGGGGAAUGCUUCCGAGAUCAGUAAAGAAGCCUCUCCCUUUCAAUGAUGAUGAUGAAGAUGAUGUGGCAAUUAGCCUUUCAAGCUGAUACAUUGGCUUGGAAUAAUGAAAGCCUGCAUCCUGUGGAAUUGAAAAUACAACAGGCUUAGGAGAGUUGAUUCUUUGAUGGCAUGCUGUUGAAAUGGGAUUUAUGUGGCCAACUGAUAAUUUUUGUGAGAAUACCCUGCAAAUUCCCAGAUGUAGAUGCAGAGUGGAUGCUUACUGUGAUUAUAUGCGUCCAGUGUAUACUGUAAAUGUUGGUUCAAGAAGAAUUUUUGUAGCAGGGGAUGUCUUAUAUUAUGGCAGUAGAUUAGCCAUUGGCAUGCAUCAUUCACUUCAUAUUUUUUGUGGCACCACAGCAGUUGCCUUUUGGAUUUGUGAAGCACCAUAGUCCAACCCCAACCGUAGUACCAUGACACCUUGUAUAAAGCUCUAUCCCUCUCCUUUAGGAUUCAAUUCUUUCUCGUGUAACAUAGAAAUUAGCUCCCUUUUUCAUAGAGAUUUUGAUAGGUACCCUCGACAAAAUGUUGUAUAGCUGUCAGGUUAAGAGAGAAGGUAGAAAUCAGGUCCCUGUAUUGUAACCAAUAUUAUUAUUCUUAAUUGUGAAUCACGAGGCUAAUUUUUUAAUUGUUAA